AGCAACACGUGCGGUCAGUUGUUCCCUUCUGCUUGUGUCAGUGUCACAAAACUUUUGUUGUUAAGUCUUUGAGAAGAGAAAAGAUGGAUUUCAAUCAACCUCCAGGUGGAUCGUCGAUGAGCUCUGCGCAGAGAGAUCAGCUGAUGGAUCAAGUAAAGCAACAGAUAGCAUUAGCAAAUGCACAAGAGUUACUUCAGAAAAUGUCAGAAAAAUGUUUUAAGAAGUGUAUUCACAAGCCUGGAACAUCACUGGACAGUUCAGAACAGAAAUGUGUGGCCAUGUGCAUGGAUCGUUAUAUGGAUGCAUGGAAUCUAGUAUCCCGGGCAUACAGUAACAGGCUUCAGAGAGAGAGACAUGGAUAAUGUUUGCGGAACAUAGAUCCUUUAUUAAAUUGGCAUUUUACCCGAUUGCCUGUGAGACUGGAGAGUGAAUUGCAAGAGUGAGUGACAAGAGUGGAGUCACUGCUGUGUAUGACUAGAAGUCGUCUGUAAUGCUUUAACUUGGUCAAAGGGAAGUAACAGUGCAGAUCUCUCCUUUUGUUAGGGUGCGUCUUACUAACACUCCUGGACUUCGUGUCAGGAGUGCAAUAGGUGUGGGAGUGUGAUGGAACGCCUCAAAUUUGAAGGCCUGAUAUCUUAUGAAUCACUAAGAAUGAACUGUCGUGAAAUACAGUAGAAUUACCUGUAAAUACCCCAUGGUUGUCAUGGUAACUAAAGAUAAAUAGGUGUGCAUCUAAGCAUGAUAUCCUAGAAUGUUUGAUGACUGAUGUGGAUUCAGUGAAGAUUAUAUGUGCCCUCCGUUUUUAAAAGCCUAUUUAUUAUGUAGAAAAAAGACAAAACAUCAAACCCUAGAAUAUUCAAACAUUAUCCCCACGCUCAGCUUAUUCUACAUGUUGGUGUGUUUCAAUAGCAGCUGUGUUCUGUUAAAAUACUCCAUACAUUGUACAUGUAAGCUACCGUUAGUGUAAUGACUUAAAAUCUUGAAAAUGUAUGCAGGAGAAUUGUAUUGCCUCUUUAUUACAUUUAUGCAUUAAAGAUGGGCACUAUGGAGGAUGUGUUGGUAGGGGGACAUCUGGUCCCAUCCUAUUAAAAUACGAAGGCCAGCCCUGUGAGGCUGGAUAUUGUUACUCACAUCAACCAAAUCAAAACAAGUGCAUAUUUGCAAAGGCUGCAGAUUCCCAUUAAAAAUCAGUGUUCUCUUUCACUCUCUCCACAAAGUGAAUGACCCAUGUUAAAAAAAGUAAAAAAAAAAAAUUUAUGGCUGCUCAAAGGAUGUUAUAAAAUUGAUCAACUGAUGGGCAACUUCUAGAAUUUGUUCACAUACUGCUAAGAGGGAUGUUUUAGAAUUGAAUAUUUACAUGGAAAUAUGCAUGCAACAUUUAAUAGUGUGAGAGAAGUGUAGGUUUUUGAGCUUUGUUUUCAUCUGGGUAAAUGUGUGAAGAAAUAAUUCAUGAAGCGUAACAAAUUAAUUCAAAUGAAUUGUGAAUUGUUUAUCUUUACUGUUUCGUUGUCAAGACAGUGCAGAUGACGUCUGAGAUUUCUGGGAAAUUUGUUAGCAGUGGAAUAAAAGUUUUUAUAUAUAUAUAUAUGUAACCUGGAAUCUGAUUUUAAUAUUUAUUGGACGACUACUGACUAGGAGUAAAAUGCCAAUAUUUAGUUACGGAUUUGAUUGUUGUUUAACACAACAAUUUUUUUCACUUAUAUGAUGCUAAGGUAAACCAUUCACCUUUGGCAAGUUACUGACAAACUUUAUGACACCUGGAGUUCAGAUAUGCAUGUCAUAUUAUUGGAUGACAAGUCAUAUGUUUAACGAAUGUUAGACUGUGAAACAGGCGAUGCAAACAUCAUGGACCUAUUAUUUUCAUAGGAAAAUCAACAAAUUUCUUGUCCAGGGCCGGGUUUGAACACACACCUCUU